UAGAGACAGACACGCAGCUCUGAAGCAGGGCAACUCCCUGCUUGGUCUUUUUCAUAGGGUGGAGGACAGACAAAAGAUUGCACCCAGCGGGCUUUCAGCACAGCAGUAAAUCCAAAGCUCUCUCAACCGCGAUUUCAUUUCCAGCAGGAUCAAGAGUUUAGUCAGUUUGCAGUUCAUCUUUUAUAGUGAGCUGAGUCAUUGAUGGGAUAAGUAAAAAGAGGGAGGCACAACAAAUGUGUUGGUUGUUAAAAUCUGGAGAAGAAUUUCAAUAGGCAGUGGGACAACUCCGCCGACGAGGACACAAUCUGAAGGACGGGACGUAGAAUACAGUCCAAGGCAACCAUGCAAGCUGGAGGAUACCAACGGAGCAACGUCGUUCUGUUUACAUUGGCUUCACUGGUCCUGUUUGAGGUCUGCAGGGUCCAGGGCUGUCGCAUUGCCUCAGGGUCAGAGUGUGAGAAAGCCCCAUUUGUCCCGGGCCACAACCUGGCAGGGGAGGGUUUUGAUGUGGUGCGGAUGCGUCGAACAGGGGCAUAUGUCAUCAAUGUCAAAGCUCAUCUGGCAGACAACGACAGCUGUACACUGUGUCCAAACCGCUUCCAAGGAGGACAGAUUCAGAGGCUCCCAGCUGCAGUGCUCGACUGGCGUCCCUUCAGCCGCUGCAGUAAGCAGCUUUCUAGCGCCCUGCACCACUCUGUAGAGUCCCUGCUGCGCAGUUCCAACUCCCUGGUGAACAACAACUGGGGCCUGGGCUUGAGUUUAGAUAAUAUUGGCAAGGCAGUGAUGGGAGGAAGCCGCUCUGACCUGGCAAAGUUUGCUCGUUCGCAGCACAGCGUGGAUAAGGCCACUUUUGCCAUCCAUGAAAUCAGCUGCACCUACUACAGCUACAGGCUGGCUGAUCACCCCCGGCUGAGUGCAGAGUUCACAAAGCAUCUAAAGAGACUCCCACAGAGUUUAAACACAAGCCAGGACAGAGCCCUGUACAGACGGCUGAUAGACACCUAUGGAACACACUAUAUACACCAGGUCCAGCUUGGUGGUAAGGUGAAGAGAAUCACUGCCUUCAGGACCUGCCUGGCCACACUGAAGGGUUUCUCCGAGUCCGACAUCAAAAACUGCCUGAAUUUUGAACUCCGAAUGGCUCUUGGUUUCCUCCCUGGCAACGUAUCCUUCUCCAACAAGUGUGACAACCUCCUGAAGGGUAACAUGAGCAUGGGCUUCUACCAAGGCUUCAUGACCCAUAAGAUUGAGGUUAUCGGAGGGGAGAGGUACUUCCCAGACAUCCUCUACCAGGAGGACCCAUCUGAAGCAUACCAGAGCUGGAUGAGCAGCCUCCACGACAAUCCGGAUGUGGUUUCUUACGCCAUCUUCCCCCUGCAUCAUCUGGUGGAGGACUCACAGAUCAGUGCUAAUCUGAGAAACACCGUCACGGAGUACAUUAAAGAUAACCAGCUGCAGGACGCACCGUUUGGUUUGAAGAACUGCUCCCCGACUCCCAACCUGGAUCAUCACUGCUGUCCUCUACGGGCCGGCAGAGGAACUCUCAGACUAGAGAUCCACAGAGCUGCAGGUCUGAGGGCGGACACCUUCACGAAAACAGACGCCUACGUGAAGAUCUUCUACAAUGGCAUGUACGAGGAGACCGAGACGGUGAUGGACAACAACGACCCAGUGUGGAAUGCGACUUACGACUUUGGAUCGGUGGAACUGGGUCAGAUGUUGAGGUUUGAAGUCUGGGAUAGAGAUGUGCUUUACAAUGACGUAGCGGGUAGAUGCGUCGUCUUCCCCGAGCGAGGAACUCACUCUCUAAGCUGUCAGCUGAGCAAAGGAGUUCUCUAUUUCACCUACACCAUCAAAUGUGACUCUCACUUGACAGGCUUCAGAUGUGGACGAUACUCCCCCAAUGCAGAGUAGUUAUUAGAUUCCAAUGUGUUAAUGUAGAUUUUAGCAUUUUCUUCAUACAUGAUGUUAAAGAUGUUAUAAAGUAUCAGAUUGUUUCGGAAGAGCUGGUAAAUGGUCAACAUUUUGUAUGAGACACAAACUCUCCCUUUUCUAUAAUAUAACUUCAGUAGUUUUGUCAGCUGUUUUAUAUGUAAAUGUGUUUUAAUAUUUCAGUUUUAACUAACCAAAGAUAAACACCUUGUGCAUCCAUCGCACAUAACAUAAAGGGAUUUUAACGUAGGACAUUUACGUCAGCUUGAGUCGUCUUAAGUCUGAUGCAAUGACGUGUAUCGAUAAUGCAUAACCACCAGGAGACACACUCACACACCGUUUCUACAAACUUAACUCAUUUCUUUGAAGUGGCAGACGUAUGCAUGUGCCAUAUACAGUAACACAUGCAACACACUUAAUUAACAUGUAUGCCCCCAUGCACAUACAUAUAUGUACUGUAUGAGCAAAUUCAUGGAUUCUUUCAGAGCAAUUGGAUUAGUCCAACAAACUUUGUAUCUUCCAGUCUGGAGAUCUAAAUGUCAUUAAGCCUCAUCAUCAAAACAAUAAAAAAUAAGGUACAGGUUUGUAUUUUUUGUUGUAAUUCUUCACAUUUUAAAUUAUUUUAAACUUGUUUUUAAAUUAGCAUGAAACUAAAUUCUGAUACUAAAGGGGGAAUCUCCCAAAACACAUUUCUUACAUGGAGUUUAGUUCAAUGCAUUUGAAAUGUUCACCAAAUACAUUGUUUUUGCCAAACCACUGGCAGUAUAAUAUAAUAAUUUCAUACAUAAUCAAAAGAUACUUUUCCUAUUGGCAGCUCCUCCUGGUGAAACUCUGAAGGGAUGACCACAUAAACGUUAAUUCCAAUUUUUAUUAUUUAGUUCAAACAGGAACCUAUAAAACAUACAAAUGACUUAGUAAAAGCUUUUACACUUACAACACAUUAGCCACUCACUGUAUACAGUACAUGAAUGCAGCAGGUGCUUCAUUAAAUUAUCUUCUCUGUGUCACUUAGCUCAAGAUGUAUAUGGUAGAAACAGAAAAGAAACCAAAUGAAGCACUGUUCUUAUUAAAAGACAUUCUAUUUUAUAUUUUUGUUUUAGUUUUUCACUUGAAAAAACUGGAAUUGUGUACUAAAUGCACUAAACCACACCCACACGGCCAUGUAUCUUCUGUAUAAAAAGCUGUUGCCAAGAAAA